AGGAUGUAGUGCAAUAUAGGCAAACAGUUUUUUUGCCGAUGAUGAAAGAAUUGGAACCCAUUCUUCUUGAAUAUUGUGACAAAGAUCUUACUAUACUAUUAGAGAAGGAUAUUUUUCUUAGAGAAAAGCGAUAUUGUAUAAUAAUAUAUAAUGAGACAAUAUUGUCUACAAAUGAUGAUAAGAAAACGGGUGAAUACAAACUGCAUCCAAAAGGACAAGGUAGAGGCAUUCAUGUUAGUGAAUUUUUAUGUGAACCACUAGGUCAAGUUCAUCUAACUAAAGAACAACAUAUAGCCUAUCCUGAAAUUUCAAAACAUUAUAUUACAGAGUUAUUAGAAAUUGGCAAUAUUGAAUUACUAGCUAAGCAACUUAAAUUAACAAUUGAUAUUUUGAAAAUUGCACUUUCAAAUAUGAUAUUUGUUUUUGGAUUCGAUAACAAACAACCAAAGAGAAUUAAGGAAGUAAUGAUAGAAAGAAGAAUAUGGAAUGAGUAA